AUGGAGAAAGGAGGCCAGCCUGCGGUUCCAGGUCGAGCUCACACCAUUGCACGGAAGCCCAUUCCAGCAACAAGUACUCUUGGUCAAGCUCCUAGCUACGGACCAUAUACCUCGUCACCUCCUUUCGCUUCCCGACUCCGCACGCGAUGGUCGCUCCUCCGCCGGCGCACACGCAUCUUGAUCGUCGUUGGUGUUCUCGCGCUGCUAGCACUCAUACUCGGCCUGUCAAUUGGUCUGACUCAAGGAUCAAAGACUCAAAACCUGCCUCUACCCGGCGGCAAUGGAGGUCCCUUUGGCGGAGAUCUGACAUACUACGACCCAGGCCUAGGCGCCUGUGGAGUCACGUCUUCGCCUUCACAGAACAUUGUUUCCAUAGCACACUCGCUGUUUGAUGCGGCACAGAGCGGCUCGGAUCCGAAUCAGAACCCGUUGUGCGGCCGCAAGAUCCGUGCGAAGCGGACCAAAGAAGGCAGCGGAGAAAGGAGUGUAGAUCUGACGGUUGUGGAUCGCUGUGUUGGCUGCGAGCCGACUGAUAUCGAUGUCAGCCUCUCUGUGUUUGAACAGCUCGCCGACCAAGGCCUUGGGCGGGUUGCUGUGCAGUGGAACUGGCUGGAUUGA